UAGUGUUAUCGAGUUUAUUAAGUCAUUAUAGAUUGUCAACUAUUAUUUUGCGAUUUAUUAGUUUAUUAUUUCUCAGUUGACUUACAACAACAACCAGUGUCAUAGUUAAAUAUUGUUGAGUAUUAAGUUUUUACAAUUUGUUAUAAUUUGUAAGCAAUAUAUUUUAUUUUACUGAUUUAUAAUGGUUACCAAGAAUAGCUUACGUGAGUCAAAAUAUAUAUUUUUAAUUGGACAUAGUUCAAAUCAAAUAGUUGGUAGUAAAUUACCAUCAAACAAGCAAGUUUUGUCAGUACUAUUUUUUAAUUUGCGCGAAGUUAAUUUAAAUCUUCAUCAAAGUGCUACAUUAGUGAUACAAGAAGCGAUAAUUUUUUGGCGGAAGGCACGUAUACCAACAAAAACCGAACAAAAAUGUGUGACCAAGUUGGAGGAUUUAUACCAAGAGUGGAGAAAUUUGCAAAAGUCAGAAUAUAGAAAAAGUGCAACUCAAAUGGAAAAAAAUACGCAGUUUGUAUCAAAGCUAGACGAUUUAUUCGAUUUAUCAAACGCAAACGCUUUAGAUUUAAUGUCUAAUGAAGAAGAUAGAGCAUUUUUAAUUGCCCAGAGACAGAAAGGUCGAACUGGAUCAUUGCUUGGUAUUGAUCAAAAAACAAAUAAAAAAGAAAAAACCAUAGAGGAUCGGAAACAAGCGACAAAUAAAAGAAAAGAUCGUGCUCGUAAUGAAUUCGAAGCUUCAAGUAAAACUGUAGAACUUCUGUCUUCCAGUAGUUCUGACGAAUGUGACGAUGCGGACAAUGAUGCAUUUGUACAUGAAGAUAUUCCCGGUCCAUCAAGUAAAUAUUUCAAGCCAACCAGAGGGUACGAUGACUUUGUCUCCGAAAAACUUGCAAUCGUGUUGGACAAAUGUAAAAUCAGUGACCGGAAUGCUGUACAUCUUUUCAUUGCUACUGCAGAAGCUUUAGGUAAUAAUGUUAAUGAACUUAUUGUAAACCGAUCAUCGAUACGACGAUCUCGCAUAAAAUACCGUAAGCAACGUGCUGAAAAAAUACGUCGUGACUAUAAUUUAGCUAAGAAGACGCAGUUGUUAUACACUGGGACGGAAAACUUCUUCCAAAUUUAACCGGG